UUGCGCAGGUCUUCUGGGUAAUUUCCAAGAUGGCGUUGCAUUUUGUUAUGGGAGUUGCAUGACUCUAUGGACAAUUUCUUUUUUAUCUGGACAAACUUCAAUAGAACUUAUCUAUCGAACGUUUAAUCAACCGAACGUUUGAUUGGAGAUGUGCGCCCAGGCCAUGCGUGCGAUCUGUGUUUCUCAGUUUGGCGGGCCCGAGGUUCUCAAGCUGCUGACCAAUGCAAUUGUACCGACUGCUGGGAAAAGACAGGUUCUAAUCAAACUUUCAGCUGCAAGUGUUAGCCCUGUGGAGACCUAUAUUAGAAGCGGAAGCUAUGCCAGGCUUCCUGAGUUACCAUUCACGCCUGGUAAUUAUGGAGCUGGUAUCAUACAUGCUAUUGGAGAUGAAGUCACUAAACACAAGGUUGGUGAUCAUGUAUACACAUUAUCCACGCUGACUGGAAGUUAUGCAGAAUACACUGUAUGUGAAGAAGAUAAUGUCUUUCUUCUCCACUCCUCUCUUGGAUUCAGUGAGGGGGCCAAUGUAGGCAUCACAUAUUUCACUGCCUACCGUGCUCUAUGUCACAGACUUGGUGCUAAACCUGGGGAGACAGUCCUUGUUCACGGAGCCAGUGGGGGAGUUGGCACUGCCGCAGUGCAAAUUGCGAGAGCUUAUGGGAUGCAUGUAAUUGGGACAGCAGGAUCAUCAAAAGGGGAGGAGCUUGUUCGACAGGCUGGGGCGCAUCAUGUGUUCAACCACAGGGAGCUCAACUACACUCAAGGCAUUUUGGAAGCGACAGAUGGCCAAGGCCCUGAUGUGAUUCUUGAGAUGCUGGCAAAUGUGAACUUGGCCAAAGACCUUGAUCUGGUAUCUAAUGGUGGACGUAUAGGGGUUAUUGGUAGCAGGGGGAGUAUAGAGAUCAACCCCAGACUUACCAUGGCCAAGGAAUGUAGCAUUGUUGGGGUGAUGCUGUUAAAAGUGAACAAAGACGAGUUGAAAGAGAUGUCAGCAGCGAUGCAUGCUGGGAUGGAGGCAGGAUGGCUAAGGCCAUUUGUUGGCCGAGAGUACUCUUUAGAGAGAGCCCCAGAGGCACACAAGGAAAUCAUUGAGACAAAGAGUGCCCAGGGAAACCUUGUACUAACCAUGUAACCAGUACAGAUGCACCUUAGAUAAACAGAUUGCCCAGGGAAACCUUGUACUAACCAUGUAACCAGUACAGAUGCACCUUAGAAAAACAGAUUGCCCAGGGAAACCUUGAACUAACCAUGUAACCAGUACAGAGGCACCUUAGAUAAACAGAUUGCCCAGGGAAACCUUGUACUAACCAUGUAACCAUUACAGAUGCACCUUAGAAAAAGAGAUUGCCCAGGGAAACCUUGUACUAACCAUGUAACCAGUACAGAUGCACCUUAGAAAAACAGAUUGCCCAGGUAAACCUUGUACUAACCAUGUAACCAGUACAGAUGCACCUUAGAAAAACAGAUUGCCCAGGGAAACCUUGUACUAACCAUGUAACCAGUACAGAUGCACCUUAGAUAAACAGAUUGCCCAGGGAAACCUUGUACUAACCAUGUAACCAGUACAGAUGCACCUUAGAAAAACAGAUUGCCCAGGGAAACCUUGAACUAACCAUGUAACCAGUACAGAGGCACCUUAGAUAAACAGAUUGCCCAGGGAAACCUUGUACUAACCAUGUAACCAUUACAGAUGCACCUUAGAAAAAGAGAUUGCCCAGGGAAACCUUGUACUAACCAUGUAACCAGUACAGAUGCACCUUAGAAAAACAGAUUGCCCAGGGAAACCUUGUACUAACCAUGUAACCAGUACAGAGGCACCUUAGAUAAACAGAUUGCCCAGGGAAACCUUGUACUAACCAUGUAACCAGUACAGAGGCACCUUAGAAAAAGAGAUUGGCCAGGGAAACCUUGUACCAACCAUGUAACCAGUACAGAGGCACCUUAGAAAAACAGAUUGCCCAGGGAAACCUUGUACUAACCAUGUAACCAGUACAGAGGCACCUUAGAAAACCAAAUUGCCCAGGGAAACCUUGUACUAACCAUGUAGCCAGUACAGAUGCACCUUAGAUAAACAGAUUGCCCAGGGAAACCUUGUACCAACCAUGUAACCAGUACAGAUGCACCUUAGAUAAACAGAUUGCCCAGGGAAACCUUGUACUAACCAUGUAACCAGUACAGAUGCACCUUAGAUAAACAGAUUGCCCAGGGAAACCUUGUGCUAACCAUGUAACCAGUACAGAUGCACCUUAGAUAAACAGAUUGCUCAGGAAAACCUUGUACUAACCAUGUAACCAGUGCAGAGACAGAUUGGGUAGGGAAACCUAGUACUAGCCUUGUAACCAGUACAUUUUAAACACACUCAGCUCAAGAAAAACAGGGUUCACAGGGAAAUAUGGUACUUAAGAUGUAACUAGUUCAGAGGCACACAUGAAAAACAGAGUGGGCAGGAACCUAGUGCUAACCAUGUGGGCAGCAAUCUCAUAAUAACCAAGUAACCAGUGCAGAGGCACACAAGAAAAACAGUGCCCAGGGAAACACUAUCUGUGUCACCAGUCAUCAAAGGGACGUGUUUGAUUAAAAAAAUGAGGCAAAA